AAAUUUUUUGAGAUUUCUUUUCCAAGUCUCGCAUCAGAUUUUCCAAAUCCGCUCCACAAAUACAGCCAGAAUAUCUCACAAGUCUCGCAAUUUCACAACUUUUCUCGGCUGCUCACAACCAGCCACCACCAGAAAACAUUUUACCGAAUAUCUCUAGCGUACACCAUGUCUACCUACGCCCGUAUUGCGGUUGCAAAGCAGAAGAUUGCCGAGAGCAUCAAUCACCUCUGCGAGGACGGUCACCACGUGAUGGCUGAGCAAAUUCGCCAUGAAAAUGCCCUAGCUGCCUUCCGGCACCUUCCAAAAAUUGCAGGGUCGCCACCACAAGUUUACAGUCCAACUUCUGCACCACUACACAUAAAAGAACCUCCGAAGGUCUCCCGGUUACCGGCUUCUGCAGCACGUCUCCUGUCUACUCGUCAAUUCGAGGCGAUGAUGGACGUGCCGGUUCAUCGUACUGCGAGUACGUCCCGACUCACACCUACCGAGCAGUUUGAAAAGAUCUUGAGUGAUGAUUUGGAGAUCAAGACGAGGGCUGAAGUGAAGAGAGUGACUAGGUGGUACAAGCGGUGGUAGAAAUAUGAAUACCUUCAGGCAUCAGUUGUGGGCGCAGGGUCUGGCGGCUUAGCGGUGGUCUUGUCAUUGGGCACUGAAUACCUAACCAUGAGUCAAGGGCAACUUCAGACUCAUGAGUGGUUGAUGCACCUCCACUGAGGCGUAAUUUGGCGAUUGUGAAUCUUGAGCUUGAGAGGCACUCGGGUUCUCAUAAGGACCAGGGUGUGGCGUCUGAAAUCAACCGGCGUGUGACCAUCAUCUCUCAUCGCUGUACUCUUGCUUCUGCUUUGCCUCUGCAAUCUCGUUCUUUUCUUGUUUUUUAUCGGCGCUUCUCGCAUGCUCAGCAAGAUGGCCGACAUUGCACUCCAAACCAGCCCAUCGGACAGCAAGCUUCUCAGCGUUGCUGACUGGACGUAGUACUGGAAUCUACGGCUACGGUGUACUGCGGUAGGCAACAGUAAGCAGCGG